AUGGCUUCCAACUUGAAGAUGUCCCCUAAGCUCGAACAGAUCCACGGUGAAAUUCGCGAUAUCUUCCGAGCCCUUGCAAAUGGCUUCCAGAAGCUGGAUAAGAUUAAAGAUUCCAAUAGACAAAGCAAUCAACUGGAGGAACUCACUGGGAAGAUGAGGGACUGCAAAAGGUUGAUAAAAGAUUUUGAUCGUGAAGUUAAAGAUGAAGGGGCAGGAAAUCCCGAAGAAGUGAAUAAGCAACUCAAUGACGAAAAGCAAUCAAUGAUCAAGGAGCUAAACUCAUACGUGGCACUGAGAAAAACGUACAUGAAUACCAUUGGUAAUAAAAAACUUGAACUUUUUGACAUGGGAGCUGGUGCCAGUGAACCAGCUGAAGGAAAUGUUCAACUCGCAUCAGAAAUGUCAAAUCAAGAACUUGUCAAUGCUGGGAUGAAGACAAUGGAUGAGACUGAUCAGGCUAUUGAGAGGUCUAAGCAGGUUGUACAUCAAACAAUUGAAGUUGGCACCCAAACUGCUUCUACCUUGAAGGGCCAAACCGAUCAAAUGGGUCGUAUUGUUAAUGAGCUGGAUUCAAUUCAAUUUUCAAUUAAGAAAGCCUCCCAACUUGUUAAAGAGAUCGGUAGACAGGUAGCUACAGACAAAUGCAUCAUGCUGUUUCUGUUUCUUAUCGUCUGUGGUGUAAUAGCCAUUAUUGUCGUGAAGAUUGUGAAUCCCAACAAUAAAGAUAUUAGGGAUAUCCCAGGAUUGGCACCUCCAGUUCCCUCAAGGAGACUUUUGUAUGUUCGAACAGGAGAACUUUAUGAUUAA